UAGCAGCUGUGCGACGCUGAGGCAGCGAUGGCGGCGGCGCGGCGUGCGGGGUCUGAGCACGGGGCUUUGGAGAGCGCAGGCAGCGCGGCUCGGCGCCCGCAGCGGAAACGGUUAUGGAGGCCCACAGCAAUGCACGGCCUUCUGGGGAGCGUCCAGCAGGGACGAGGAUUUGCAUUUCGGAGAAAACAGAAGAUUGAAAGGAAAUACAGGAAAUUAUUGAAGAAGGAGCAGAAGAUCUGUUCACCACGGGCUGAUCAAUUCACAGAUACUUAUCCAGAGCAUCUGAAGCAUCUUUACCUAGCGGAGGAGGAGAGGCUGAAGAAGCAGCACAAGUCUCCAAAUGAUUCAGUUCUAUCAGAAGAAAAGCUUAAUAAAGCAGUAGAACCAGUCACAACUGAAGGAAAGUUUAAGAAAAAAACAUCCAAUCAGAAGGCAAAAGAAGAGUAUGAAAAAAUACAGGCUGAGCGUGCUAAGAAAAGAGAGGAAGCAGAAAAAAGAAAACAACAAAGAGAAGCAGCUCAGAGGUUGUACAAGCAAAAGAAAAUGGAAGCUUAUAAAAUACUGAGUAGGAAGACCAAGAAAGGACAGCCAAAUCUAAAUGCACAAAUGGAGUUUCUUCUUCAGAAAAUACAACAAAAGACAUAAACCUCUGCAUAAACCACCAUUACAGGUUUUGAGUUACAUGUGGACAUUUUAUUAAAUGACUUUUAAUAAAUAAUCUCUUUUUGCUUCUUCAUGACUUUUUGCCACUGGCACGAUUUAUCUCAGUCCAAUUGUGGAAGGUAUUCGCCCUGAAUAUCUUAGGAAUAUUCUGUUCCUGAGAGUCAGUGAGACCUGGUACUUUGAAAAUAAAUGGCCCAUGUUAAUAAAAUUCUAUUUGUGUAAUGUCCUGAAUUCCAUAUCAUUAGAUCUUGGAACUGUCUGAACACGAAUUUAUGUUUGUUUUAUAGCUCCUAACUCUUCCAGCUGCUGUAACUACUACAGUCAUGCUUACUGGAGAGGAGCAAAAUGAGUGGAGUAAAAUGCGACAUGGUUGAUAAUCUCAUGAACUGCCAAGGAGAGGAGUAUUCUCUGGGAUAGGAUUUGGCACAUGAAAACAACAAAAAUUAUACUUGGUUGGCUAUUAUUCCCCUUAAAACUUUGCAAAAGUUAAAAAAUGUUUUAAAAUUGAAGAUAUAGUAUGUUUCAAUCAUCUUCAUCACAAAAUAUGUAUGAUUGUAAACAAAGUGUGGCUUCUUAAAUGAGAUGGAUUGAGUGGAUUGGUUGAAGUUUUGUUUUGCUAAAUAUGUCCUUCUUUUUCUGUGGAAUUUUUCUUUAUUCUGUGGAAUAUAUAUAGAAAAAUAAUUCUAAAGAA